AGCGGCGGCAGCGGCAGCAUGGAGCGGGCACAGAGAGUCUUCGGGGGACCCAAGGUGGAGCUUCACGUCCACCUGGAUGGAGCCAUCAGACCAGAGACCAUCUUGUACUUUGGCAAGAAAAGAGGCAUCCCUCUCCCUGGGAAUACUGUUGAGGAGCUCCUGAAGUAUAUCAGCUAUGACACACCACUGUCACUUCCCGAGUUUCUAGAGAAAUUUAAUUAUUACAUGCCUGCCAUUGCGGGUGACCGUGAGGCAGUGAAGAGAAUUGCCUACGAGUUUGUGGAAACAAAAGCAAAGGAAGGAGUCGCCUACGUGGAGGUCCGGUACAGCCCUCACUUCCUGGCCAACGCUGGUGUGACUCCCAUCCCCUGGGGACAAGCUGAGGGAGACCUCACUCCAGACGAAGUGGUUCAGCUCGUAAAUCAGGGACUGAAGGAAGGAGAAAGGGAUUUCCACAUCAAAGCCAGGUCUAUUCUAUGCUGCAUGCGCCAUAUGCCAAGCUGGUCUCCAGAGGUGGUAGAGCUCUGCAAGAAGUAUCAAAAUGACUCUGUGGUGGCUGUUGACCUGGCUGGAGAUGAGACCCUGAAGGUGGAGGAUUACUCUGAGCAUAAGAAGGCUUAUGAGGAAGCUGAGAGGUGUGGGAUUCAUCGCACCGUCCAUGCCGGGGAGGCCGGCCCGGCUGCCAUGGUCAAGGAGGCAGUUUAUGUCCUCAAGGCCGAGCGUGUUGGCCAUGGAUACCACGUCGUGGAGGACCCUGAGCUCUACAGGCAGCUGCUGGAAAUAAAGAUGCAUUUUGAGGUCUGCCCUUGGUCCAGUUAUCUCACUGGAGCAUGUUCUCCGGACUUCACCAAACACCCCGUAAUACAAUUUAAGAAGGAUCGUGCCAACUAUUCUCUAAACACGGAUGACCCCCUCAUCUUCAACUCCACUAUUGACACGGACUAUGGCAUCGUGAAGGAGCACAUGGGAUUCACUGAAGAGGAGUUCAAGAGAGUUAACAUCAACGCAGCCCAGUCCAGCUUCUUACCUGAGAAGGAAAAACAGGAGCUGCUCAAUGAGCUGUACAAAGCCUAUGGGAUGGACCCCAAUGCAUCGUGACCUCCCUGGGAGCCAGCCUGGAGUGGGGCUCUCCUUCUCCAGUGCCUGACUCUCCUCUGGCCAGUGGCAGCACUGGCAGGAGGUGCCCAGAGUCAGCCUCUGUUCCUGGCAGCCCUGUGUUGACCCCUACAGUGCUCAUCAGAAUCAGACUAUCACA